GUCUGCACACGAUGUCCUCAAUUAGCAACAUGAAGCUGGGCAGCCUCUUCCUCCUGGCCAUUCUCCUCACCCUCAACACAAGACUCCAGGCAAUUGGUGUCUGUGAGGAGCAGUGCCGAGAAGACCGGGACUGCGCGGCAGGAGAGAAGUGCGUCGGCAAUGGCUGUGGCCACGUGUGCUCACCAGCCCCGCAAGCAACCAUCUGUAGCAUCGAAUGCAGUGAAGACAGGGAUUGUGGGAGAGGAAAACAGUGUAUCCAGGACGGCUGUCGGUGGAUCUGCUCCCCGCUGAUGAGUGUAGGUGUCUGUGAGGAGCAGUGCCAAGAAGACCGGGACUGCGCGGCGGGAGAGAAGUGCGUCGGCAAUGGCUGUGGCCACGUGUGCUCAUCAGCCCCGCAAGCAACCAUCUGUAGCAUCGAGUGCCGUGAAGACAGGGAUUGUGGGAGAGGAAAAGAGUGCAUCCAGGACGGCUGUCGGCGAAUCUGCUCCCCGCUGAUGAGUGUAGGUGUCUGUGAGGAGCAGUGCCGAGAAGACCGGGACUGCGCAGAGGGAGAGAAGUGCGUCAGCAAUGGCUGUGGCCACGUGUGCUCACCAGCCCCGCAAGCAACCAUCUGUAGCAUCGAGUGCCGUGAAGACAGGGAUUGUGGGAGAGGAAAAGAGUGCAUCCAGGAUGGCUGUCGGCGAAUCUGCUCCCCGCUGAUGAGUGUAGGUGUCUGUGAGGAACAGUGUCGAGAAGACAGGGACUGCGCGGCGGGAGAGAAGUGCGUCGGCAAUGGCUGUGGCCACGUGUGCUCACCAGCCCCGCAAGCAACCAUCUGUAGCAUCGAGUGCCGUGAAGACAGGGAUUGUGGGAGAGGAAAACAGUGUAUCCAGGACGGCUGUCGGCGAAUCUGCUCCCCGCUGAUGAGUGUAGGUGUCUGUGAGGAGCAGUGCCGAGAAGACCGGGACUGCGCGGCGGGAGAGAAGUGCGUCAGCGAUGGCUGUGGCCAUGUGUGCUCACCAGCCCCACAAGCAACAUCGAAUGCCGUGAAGACAGGGAUUGUGGGAGAGGAAAAGAGUGCAUCCAGGAUGGCUGUCGGCGAAUCUGCUCCCCGCUGAUGAGUGUAGGUGUCUGUGAGGAACAGUGCCGAGAAGACCGGGACUGCGCGGCGGGAGAGAAGUGCGUCGGCAAUGGCUGUGGCCAUGUGUGCUCACCAGCCCCGCAAGCAACAUCGAGUGCCGUGAAGACAGGGAUUGUGGGAGAGGAAAACAGUGUAUCCAGGACGGCUGUCGGCGAAUCUGCUCCCCGCUGAUGAGUGUAGGUGUCUGUGAGGAGCAGUGCCGAGAAGACCGCGACUGCGCAGCGGGAGAGAAGUGCGUCGGCAAUGGCUGUGGCCACGUGUGCUCACCAGCCCCGCAAGCAAGCAUCUGUGAGUCCCAGUGCUUCAGAGAUCGGGACUGUGGAGCUGGAAGACGGUGCGUCAGCAAAGGCUGUAAUCGGGUCUGCUCCCCUGCACCAGAAGCAUCAAUAGGAAUCUGUGUGCAACGCUGCCGAGGAAACUGGGACUGUGGGGCUGGAGCACGAUGUAUCAGGAAGGGAUGCAGUCGCGUCUGCUCUCCAGUCUGCACAGCAGGGGUAGGUAUCUGCCUGGACCAAUGCCAAGGACACUGGGACUGCCCAGCAGGAAGCCGAUGUGUCAGCAAUGGAUGUGGCCGUGUCUGCUCACCCACCCAGGACCGGCGAGUGGAACAGAGACCUGGAACGUGUCCAAGGGUGCCAGAAGGAACGUUUGGAACUUGUGCUGAAAGGUGCACAGGAGAUGGAUCCUGUCCCCCGGGCCAAAAAUGCUGCAGCAAUGGCUGUGGAAAAUCUUGCCAAGUCCCUGAUCUGGGCCUCACUAUCCAUUUGGAUGAUAAAUGAACCUUGGCCUCCUUCAGUAAUUGUUUCCAAAUGUCAUCUUUAUUCUGAGAUCUGUGCUUUCUUACUGUCUUUUCCGGAACCCCAGGAUCACAGGAUAUGGAUCCAAAAUAACUCAGUUUUUAAGUGUUGAAUUUGGGCAAUUAUUUGAUGAUUUAUAGCAUGACUGCUUCUAAAAUUAUCUUUUUGUCUGAAUAAAAUGAUUUCUGUGGCAUUAUCCAACCUUAGUCAUUCUUUCUAUGUAAGAUUUCUAGUUCACUUACAUUAAGACCUCCACCGAAAAAGAGUAUUUAACCCCAAUCCACGGACCUUCUCUCUUUUUCAUUAUCCAUCACAAUUCAUGGCCUGUUUCCUCCUCAUCCUUUUUCCUGGGACCAGCCCAGGCACUCAAUACUGUCUGGAUAUCUAUCCACACUCCCCGCCCCAGGAAAUUCACUCUCUCAACCACCAAGAUGACAAUGUCACGCUUCUCUUUCUUCAAACACCCAUGUCAUCUACCUCUUACUCCAACCUCCACCAUUCCCGUCUCACCAUCUUUCUUGCCACAUCUUUCGUUAAGAAAAGAGCU